AUGGGUUUCUGCAUAGGAAUUGAUUGCAACAAUGUUGCUUCAACACUACAAUGUCCAACAUGUUUAAAAUUUGGUAUUCGAGGUUCUUUUUUUUGUUCUCAAGAAUGUUUUAAAAAAAGCUGGAAUUCUCAUAAAGGCAUACACGAAACAAACAAAAGAAUAUCUGGUUCAUAUUCUGCUACAACCUAUGAUCCUUUUCCUGAUUUUCCAUAUACAGGGACGUUAAGAGCAUUUUAUCCUCUUUCUGCACCUCGAAAAGUACCUUCUCAUAUUCAAUGUCCAGAUUAUGCUAAGGAUGGUGUUCCUCGAGGAGAACAAGCUUUAUCUCGAAGUUUAAAGGCGAUUAUUUUAACAAAAGAAGAGCAAGAAUGCAUGCGGAGGACUUGUAAGCUUGCUCGAGAAGUGCUUGAUAUUGCUGCUGCUGCUCUACGACCGGGAAUAACAACAGAUGAAAUUGAUGAAAUUGUUCAUAUGGCAUGUAUUGAGAGAAAUGCAUAUCCAAGUCCUUUAAAUUAUUAUUGUUAUCCAAAAAGUGUUUGUACAUCUGUGAAUGAAACAAUUUGUCAUGGGAUACCUGAUAAAUAUGUUUUAAAGGAUGGUGAUAUUAUUAAUUUGGAUGUUACGUUAUAUUAUGGAGGUUUUCAUGGUGAUGUAAAUGAAACUUAUUAUGUCGGAGAAAAGGCUAAACAGGAUCCUGAUACUGUUCGUGUUGUUGAAACAGCUCGUGAAUGUUUGGAGUAUGCAAUAAGAGUUGUCAAGCCAGGAACUUUGUUUCGUGAUAUUGGUUCUGUAAUAGAAAAACAUGCAAAAUCAAGGAAUUGCUCAACAGUUAGAGCUUACUGCGGACAUGGAAUUAAUAGAUUAUUUCAUUGUUUCCCAGAAGUGCCUCAUUAUGGAAAAAAUAAAGCAGUCGGAAUUGCAAAAUCAGGAAUGUGUUUUACUAUUGAGCCUAUGAUUUCUCUUGGGGUAUGGAAGGAUGUACUAUGUGAUGGGAAAAGAAGUGCACAAUUUGAACAUACUCUUCUUGUAACAGAAAAUGGUGUUGAGGUUCUUACUGCUCGAAAUGAAAAUUCUCCAGGAGGGUCUAUUCCAUUAUUAAAUACUAAAUGA